AUGCCUUCUGAGAUCUCAGUAUCCGCGGGUACACCAAUGCCAAAAGCGUACGGUUUCCUCCCAAAGGGAAAUCGGUACAAAACGCUGCAUUGCCGCAAGCUCACCCAUGAAGCAGCUCGUCCUCUAUAUAUUGUAUUCGAAAAGAAGAAACAGAUUGGGCUACGUGCCCCCUUGGCAAUCUUAGACACAGUACACAAGCAGGCGAAACAAACGCUUUCGACGCGUCGUGCUGCAACUAACAGGCGCGAUGCUACUGACACUGCCAGAGCAAGUGCUGAAAUGGAAAAGCAGUUCCCGCACAUGCCCCAAGAUGAACAAGAAACUGUGCUUAGACAUGGGUUCAAGAAGUAUUCUGGCAGAGUGGGCAGGACUAACUCAAUACCAUUGUCGCGGAAGGUGUUGCUUGCCGUCAUUGCGCAUGUUCGUCAUAGGCAUACAGAAUACGACACCUUGCUUGAUCAAGGAAUUGAUCGAGAAGAUGCAAGGAAAUCGACGAGAAAAGGAAUCGAGCGUCUCUUGCAGAAGUGGGGAUACUCACAAGGUACGCUUUUGAAGGUUCAUCGUCGAUAA